CAAUUGUGUUCACCCGACACGGUGUGUACCCUUUUUGUUGUUAGUGCAUGACGACUUACAUCCAACUGCAUCUUUUGUCAAAAGAAAACUUUAAAACGAUGGGCUAUGAAAUGAGACAUUCUGCCAAAUAUAAGUUUUCCCUUUUUGACUUACCACACUUCACCAUGUGUCAAAUAACCCAAGUGAUGCUGAUGUAUAGAAGAUGGUGAGAUAUGGGCAAAUUUAACGACAGUUACUCUUUACGGUAAUCGCCACGAAAGUAGUUCCGUUUAUUUAGGGUCCCUAUUCAUUAUCACCGCACCUGUUUCCUGAAGCAGACUUGCGUAACCAGGAGGCAAACGAAAAUGGGGGCAAGAUUCAUCGUGUUGAUCUUCGUUGCCAUGGCAACACAGAGUGCCUGGGCCCUGAAAUGCUACCAGUGUUCAACCUUCAUAUAUCCAAGACUGCCAUUGCCCAACGACGGAAGAGCCAACUGCGCUAAUUCUCCGCCUCCAAGUGCUUACAGAGAUCCUGGAACGUGUGGUGGCUCACUGCUUGGUCCAUCAAAUACGUGUGUUACCAUUUCUGGAACAGUGAGGGGCACGACCGCAGGUGGAUCCUCUUUAAGUUUCAACGAUGGAACAUUCAGGGGAUGCACUACACUGAUAGGGACAAAUCCGCAGUGUUUCCAGGGUGAAAAGGCUGAGCAUUUUGCCAAGAUGCUACUUGAACUCUCGUCAUUCAGCAGUUUUAAGGGUUCAGUCUGCUUCUGCAAAGGAGACUACUGCAACGGCGUCAGUGCAGUGCGCCCUCUUGCGGCUGUAAUCGUCUUAGUCAUUGCCGCCAAGCAGUUCUUCGUUUAGGCCCAAAUGCUUUCUGUGACCAAGAAGGUGCAUUUUGUCUGCUUGAGGUGGAGAUAUCUAGAAAGUACACCAAGACUUCUCUAUAAAUAGGUUUUUUUUUUUAAAGAAAUUAAACUGUAAUACGGUCGAUUUUACAAUGGUGCGCCUCGAAGAGUUUGCUACACGUUGGCCAAUCACAGUUUGCAAAAUCUGUCGACCCAAUGCUCGUUUGGAAAGGGUCGACAGAUUUCGCUCAUUGUGGUCGGCCAACACGAAGCAAACUCUUGGAGGCACACUUUUCUGAAUCGCCAUUUCUUGUAUGUUUGAAUAUUACCAUAAAAAAACGAUUUGGAAAUCUAAUAAAAGGUGUUUUGCUUAUCGUCUUUCACAACCUCGACUCCGUGGGCUGCAUGCACGUCCCUUCACUAGCCCCUGGGGCCAAUUUCAUGGAGCUGAGAAUUUGCUGAAGCGCAAAAAACAAAGGCCACUAACUCAAAAUCUAUAUGAUUGUCAUGCUAAGCUAACCAAAAGACAGGUAAACACCAUUCCAAACAUAUGGAGUUUGGGCUGGUAACCUGAUUUGUCAAGCAAGGUUUUUUUUCAGGCUUAAGCAAAUUUGGUGCUUAAUUAAGCAGCUCUAUGAAAUUGGCCUUCGUGUAGAAUAUGAAAAUGACGCUUAUUAAUCAGAAUGAAUAAACAUAAGCAUAUAUAAAAUCAGUCGCGCAAGUAUUUCAAACACUCUAUGCACGCGCCCAGGCAUAGAUCUCCUGCACGUCACACGAGGGUAAAGACCGGUUUAAUACUUCACGCGAAAGCAAAUGCGAAGCGAAUUUUUCAGAGCGGAAACGGCACACGUCACAAUGCAACUUCAAAUUUUGACGUCAUGAAAUUUGCUUCGCAUUUGUUUUUAUGUGAAGUAUGAACCGGGCUUAAAUCCAUUUCGCGCGUAAACAUGUCGACUGCGAUCCAAACCGAUUACGUAAAACUAAAGGUAGGCCUACUAAAGGUGACGGGGGGUGCGUGGAAUUGCAGCAUUACGCACGAACAACUUGGAACCUUGCAGACAUCUACGCGUACGCGUGAUUUCGUAAGCAAAUGCGCGUUGCAUGGAACGCAGUAGAACAUCAUGUCUAGCUGUUCUUGCUUAAUCUUGGCGUAGCGCACUAGAAUAGGCGUGACACCUGUAGCUAUGACAUUCUCGAUUCUUUAUACGGGCGAUUCAAAAUAAUACGCCUCCAAGAGUUUGCAACGCGUCAACCGAUCAUGAGACCAAUCAUGAAUUAUGAGUGGCAAGUGCUUUUCAUAGCCUACUCUUGGAGGCGGACUAGCUUGAAACGCCUGAAUUGAAAUCCCCCCCCCCAAAUUGGAAUAUUUAAAUUAUACCAUACAAGGGAUUAAGUUCGCGCAAGGCAUGUUUGGAACCAACAUGGCGCAACAACAUUAUACCCAAGGGAGCGAGGUUGCGUCUUUCCUGCUUGACACCUAUACAGGAGCGAAAUGACUUUCCAGUGUACCGAGUGAUUUUGCAUAGACUAUGACGUUUUUCUGAAGGGAAGAAAAUAAGAAUCAUAACUAAGUCUUGUCCAUUUGUUGGGACAAGAGGAAAACGCAUAACUAGUGACAGAAUUUUUCAUGCUUAAUUUCCAUGACAGUAUGCUUCGAAGUCAUUUCGCUCUUGUUGUAUACAUAGCAGAAGCUUAUUAAUUCCGUCAUUCAUACCUUGGUAGUUAAGAGACGACCUUUCCCCUUAAAUAACACUGUCAUUAGAAAGUUAGAAAAAUCAUCAAUAAAUAAAACUCUAACACUAAGAAAAA